AUGUGGAUCUUACUGCUUUUUUUAUUGAUUCCAAUAUCAGCUGAAGAUCUUCAUGAUAAUAUUCUAAGAGAUCCAAACUCGGAGAGAAAAGUUUUCGAGGUGAAUCAAAAGGAUUUGCCCAAUCUUUGGUAUGCGGGAAGUGUUAAAGCAUUGCUCAAGGCUAAAGCCAGAAAUGUUUACGAAACUCUGCCGGUAAUCGAGAAGAUCGUUUAUGAAGAGUGCAGUCGAAGCGCUAAGCAACUCGGUGGCCUAGCCGUUUGUGUGGUUCGUUUGCUGAAUGAGAGAGAUCGACGAAAAAAACACCUAGCAUCAAUCCCGAUCCAGCCAGCUUUUAUGACAAAGACUGCAAAUUCCACUGAUUCAUUCACGAUCAAAAUGUUUCGAAAAACUGAAUCAAGACCGAGAAUCGCUUCGAAAAGCUAUGAACAUCGUUUAUCUUAUGAAGAAUGGAAAAAGAAAUUGAUUCGACCACAAAGGAAAACCUAUGAAAAUAAUAAGAAGAAGGGGAGAAGGAAAAGGCCGAAAAUGGAGAAAACGAUGGAGGAAGAGUUGGAGAGAUUUUUGGAGAUUACAGAGGAAUCGAGAGCUUACGAGACGAACGAGAGCGAAGAAACGAACUGGCGGCGGCAGAAAAGAGAAAUGAAAUUGAGCAUGGAGGAUCCGAAAUUGAAGCUCGCCGUGCAACGCGUUCUUCAAAAGAUUCCCGGCCUCUCCGCGACUUAUUUCAAGGCUUUUUUGUUGGAUGAAGGGAAUGAGUUUUCAUCGAAAAAUCUCGCAAAUCUACGCAAAAUCCAUGAUCAUUUUCGCAAAGUCGAUGUCUGCAACGAUUACCUGAAGACGGUGAACACUGAGAAUCAAAAAUUACUUGAUCAAUUCGAUUUGAAAAGUCGCACUCCAUCUCUGAGCAAAAACGAUGCCGCCCUCAACAAUGUCAUCAACAUGAUCAACACUUUCAUGGGAUCACCAGCAAGUGACGAUAAAUUCUCGCUACUGUCCCCGAAAUUGUUAUCGAUUCUACCGGAGAGUAAAUCGCACAAAGAUCGUCCUCAUCUCCUUUCUCCAACAGUCUUCAGCUUUCACAAUGAUGGAUUCUUCACGAUGAAUGAUAUGUUGAAGACGACAACUGGAACCGACAAGUCCAAUCAGAUCAUUCUCGAUGCCGUUUUAGAAGCAAGUGGUGCGUCGGAUGUUCUGAAUAAAGUGCUCGAGGGUAUGAAGGAAGAGAUACGAGAAAUGGAUGAGGUGAAAUUCCCGCUAGUUCGCGAUAUGUCGAGACUCGAUUUGGGACAUUUGCGAGCACACCGAACACUCAAAUCAAAUCAGAGACAAGAAUUCGACACAAAAGGAUACACUUUCCUGGAAAAGGAGCAAUUCGAGCAUAUUUAUGGAUCGGGAUCGAACUUGCUUCGUAAACCUCGCACCAACAUCACAGCCUUUCUUGCCAUGAGCAAAGAUGAAAAAGAAAAUCUCCUUGAAAAGGAAAUUCGCCAAAUGGCACUCAUUUAUAAGGAACAAGCCGGAAAAUCGAGAAUGAAGAGGCAAGCCGGGCACGAGACGGAAACGGAUACAACUACUCCUCACGGAACUGUAGAUCCAGAUCAUGGGACAACGAAUGGAACUGAAGGUCAUGAAUCUCAUCACGAGCAGCACGAGGAGCACGAAGGCGUCGAAUUUAUCACCCUUUCACCAACCGCUUUCUCGAAUUUCAUCAAUCACGGUGUUGCGCUAGAAGUGGUGACGUUAUCGCCGAGGUUUUGGGUUGCUGAGAUCUUGGCUCCAGAAGCUCUCAUUCUUCAAACCUUGUCACCCAGAGCCUUCAUUGGGACUGUACUCUCACCAAAUGCUCUCAUUGCUCGCACACUGAGUCCGACAGCGUUUCGCGCUGAGGUACUCGCUCCAAGAGCUCUCACCACAUGGAUCCUCUCUCCAGAAGCUUUCGUUGUUGAAGUUCUCUCUCCUCGUUUUCUUGAACCUCGAGUGCUCAGUCCAGAAGCAAUGGUGAUUGAUAUUUUGAGUCCCGGGAUCCUUUCACCUCACUAUUUGAGUGACGAAGUAGUUGGAGUGAUGGUCUUAUCGCCGAAUAUUCUUUCGCCUAGGAUUGAGAGUAAAGAGAAGAUGCUAGUUGAGAUUUUGUCUCCUCACAUUCUUGGUGGGCCACAUAGCAAAGAGGAGAAAGAACAUGAUGUGGUUUCGGAUCAUGCUGAGAAAUCGGCUGAUAAGGAGAAUCCUUUCCAUGAGUUAGAACUUCAUGGUGAACACGGAGAGAUCUCACAUCCAAAUGAGCACGAGGGAACUCAUGCUCCACAUGUUCUCGGUGUUCCCCAAUCUCCUGUUGAAUUUCAAUCUUUCCUCUCAUCAUUCACCCCAAUUUCACCAAUUAUACCCAUGGGCUUUCCGCAACAACAAGUACAAAGUAAUCAAAUAAUUGGU